AUGAAUAAUCUUUUAUGGCUUACUGUUUUGUCAAUUUUAUUUCUAUCAAUGCCUAAAAGUAAUAGUCAAAAUCUCGAAAAGUCAAGAUCAGUCUGGGUAGAACAAGGCUUAUUACGUGGAAAAAUAUAUAAAGUUGCUGAUAAUUAUAUUCAAAUAUUCCGAGGCAUACCUUAUGCUGAACCACCUGUUGGCCCUCUCCGAUUUAAGGAUCCUCAAGAUGAAUCGAAACUUUUCCCAGUUCUUGUAUGGAUUCAUGGUGAUUCGUUUGUAGCUGGUUCAUCUGAUACCAAUAUUGAUAUGGAAGUAAUCGUUAAGCAUUUUACAUCUAAUGGUAUUGUUUUAGCAACAAUUAAUUACAGAUUAGGACUUUCGGGCUUUAUUUCUUAUAAAGAUGGCGAUCGUAUCGAAGGAAAUUUCGGUAUUUGGGAUUUGGUUAUGGGAUUAGAAUGGAUACAAGCAAAUAUGAAACAAUUAAAUGGCAAUCCAUCAAAAAUUACAAUUAUGGGGUCAGGUGCUGGUGCUGCCGCAGCUUCAAUACUUGCAGUAUCUCCUAGAACCAAAGGCAAUAUUGAAAAAUUAAAAAAGUUUUUGAUAGUAUGUCUAAUGCAUCAAUCGAUUAUGUUGUCUGGGUCAUCAAUCGCCGGUUGGGCUGUCCAUCGCUAUGGUCAUCAUUUAUAUAGUGCUAAUAAUAUUGCUGAUUAUGCACGAUGUGAUAAGCACUUCCGUGAGAAAACGAUACAAAGUUUGCUCGAAACUUUUACCAUUUCAGAUAUUGCCGCUGAAUGCAAUUUGCAAAAUAAAGUGCCAGAAUGCUUGACUAACAAUGGAGAAAUGAAUGAUAAAGAAGUUGUUGAAUGCCUUCGCAAGGAAUUGAAUUUCACGUCAUUUCCGUUUCGCUUCGCAAUUGCUUUUGAGCUAGGAGCACCGAAAAUGGUUGUAGACGAUGAUUUGAUACCUAUGUCAGGUGUUGAAUUAAUAAAUCAAUAUGCUCGAGUACCAGUUAUGAUUGGUGUGACCCAAAAAGAACUUGCUCACAAAAAAGCUCAAGAUUAUGGUUUAAAUCAAUUCAGAAAUAUUGAACAAAACCAAAUAAGUAAAAGUAUUCGCAGAAUCAUUGACGAACGUUAUCAGCCAAGUUGCGCACAAAGAUUGCAUGAUUCAACUUUGGAACUUAUUGCAAUUUCUUCUUUCUUUAGGUACUUACUUACAUUUCAAUGUUAUUUAUAA